CGAACACGGCAAGGUCUCAUGACUGUUUCACUGAACCAGAGAGAGAAGCAACCGUGAGUGCAGUGGUUCCAGGUCUCUACGGUGAAGCUUUGACGAGGAAGUAGGUUGGAAUUUUGCUGAGUGCGGCGUUAAACAACUAUCAAGAAACAACCAUGGACGUUGACCAGGCAAACCAUUUGAAGGGCGCCACGAUCGCGGAGAAGGAGGAGCGAGGGUCUUGGGGAGGCAGGUUCGAGUUUUUCCUAUCCUGUCUGGGGUACGCCAUUGGUCUUGGAAACGUCUGGAGGUUUCCCUACCUCUGCUACAGGAAUGGAGGAGCCACGUUCCUCAUCCCGUAUGUCAUCAUGUUGGUGGUUGCUGGUCUGCCGUUAUUCUUCCUGGAGCUGGCGGUGGGUCAGUUCGCCUCCGAGGGGCCGAUCACAGUGUGGAAGGUCAGCCCAGCGUUUCAUGGUAUCGGGGUUGCUAUGGUGACUAUCAAUGGCAUGGUGUGCAUCUACUACAACGUCAUCAUCACGUACGCCAUCUACUACAUGUUUGUCAGCUUCAUCAAUCUGGAUGGCUCAGUUCCCUGGGAGUCGUGUGGCAAUCCCUGGAACACCAACUCCUGCAGGACUAGCUACCCGCCUCUUCAUACGAUGAAUGAAACGUCAAAACUGGAUAUUCUGUCCUCCGAGCUGUACAACAAGGACUGUGUAGUUUCUCUCCUCGGUCGCAUCUCCAGCAUGUUCAACAACACCUUCACCGACUUCACGCAGCUCAACUCUUCCAUGGUCUUAAAUGACGCCACAAAGGAAUGUCGGAUACGAUACACUUCACCCAGUGCCGAGUACUGGGAGCGGCAUGUCCUCCGUCUUCACGAAGCGGAUGGCUUUGGAGAUAUGGGAAGCAUUAGUCUGAAGAAUGCUGCUUGUCUUGUGGUUGCCUGGCUCAUCAUCUUCGCUUGUAUCAUGAAGGGAAUAAAGUCAUCUGGCAAGGUCGUGUACUUUACUGCAACCUUCCCCUACGUCAUCCUGGUGGUCUUGCUGAUCCGGGGCCUGACUCUAGAGGGAUGCGAGAAGGGCAUUACAUUCUACAUGACCCCACAGGUCCACAGGCUGAAGGAGGCUAAGGUAUGGGGAGAUGCAGCCACUCAGAUCUUUUUUUCCCUGGGAGCUGGAUUCGGUUCGCUGUUGACCAUGUCCAGUUACAACAAGUUUAAGAACAACUGUGAACGGGAUGCUGUAAUCGUCGCCAUCAUCAACUGUGCCACCAGUGUGUUCGCGGGCUUCGCCAUCUUCUCCCUUCUGGGAUUCAUGGCGCACACCACCAACCAGGACGUGGAGAGCGUGGUCGAUCAAGGGCCUGGUUUUGCAUUCAUCGCAUACCCUGAAGGCAUUGCGCAACUUCCGGUGUCACCACUGUGGGCCUUCCUGUUCUUCUUCAUGCUGCUGACACUUGGCAUUGGCACUCAGUUCGUCAUGAUGGAGACGUUGAUCAGCGGCGUCAGUGACAUCUUCCCACGUUUCCUGAGGAAACACAAAACCCCCUUCACUGCAAUUUGCUGUCUCGUGGGCUUUCUACUCGGUCUGCCCCAAGUUACAAAGGGUGGUAUCUACAUGUUGACACUGAUGGACUGGUACUGUGGCAGCUACAACGUGAUGCUGGUGGCUCUGGCAGAGAUCAUCUGUCUCAUGUAUGUCUAUCCUUUAGUUGGCUGGUUCUGGCCUCGAGGUGGGAAUAGGAGAAGUCUCCUCCCGUUCAUGGAGGACAUCGAGAUGAUGAUUGGCCACAAGCCCAAUCCCUACUGGGUCAUCAACUGGGUCUUCUUGACUCCUGUCGUCAUCAUUUUCAUCCUGAUCGUGUCAGCCACUCAGUACACCCCCGCCAACUAUGGAGACUACAAGUUCCCCCCGUGGGCUGAGGGGAUUGGCUGGUGGAUGGUUGUCGCCCCUGUUGCUAUGAUACUCCUGGUCAUGGCAAUACAAGUGUGCAGACAAGGAAUGCUUAAAGCGUUCAGUCCAACGCAGAGCUGGGGACCUGCACUUCCCGAGGACCAAACAGGGAAUUACGCCAGUCUCGGGAGCGCUAAUGGAACAAUGCCCAAAGUUACAAGUGUCAAGAUGGCGGAGAAACCUUCCGACAGCAUCGGUGUAGAAAACAAGGCGUUCUUUACCAACAUUAUGUAGCCUUCCAUGUCCGCAUUGCAAUAAUUGAGAACUGAUUUUGUUGUGUCAUACAGCAUAUGGUCGUCGUUCUUUAAUGUGCUAUAUUUGCGUU